UCCACGUGUGACGGUGGCACGAGAUCGGCCCCGGUCUCGUCGUCCUUGUCGGAAUCCACGAUUCCGAUUCCGACGCCGACGCCGAUUACAUAUGCAGGAAAGUCUUGAACAUGAGGUUGUUCCCUAAUGAAAAUACGGGAAAAGCAUGGGACCAUAGUGUGAUGCAGAAAAAAUAUCAAGUUCUGCUUGUGAGCCAGUUUACCUUGUAUGGAUUCCUCAAGGGUAACAAGCCAGAUUUUCAUGUUGCUAUGCCUCCGCAGAAGGCCAACCCCUUCUAUGCGUCUUUAGUUGACAGGUUCAGGAACACAUAUAACUCAGAUGCUAUCAAGGAUGGUGUGUUUGGAGCAAUGAUGAAGGUAAAUUUGGUUAAUGAUGGACCAGUUACCAUGCAGCUUGAUUCACAAUCGUCCAAGAAUACGUCUGACACAGCAGAAUCUUGAUCUGCCUUGAUGAAAAAUGAGUUUUGAGAUCCAGCCAAUUUUUUCGGCAAAAUCAUGUAGGACAUGGUCAUUCACAUGGGUUUUGUUGAUCAUUCUAUAUGAAGCUCAUUAUCUGCUACUGGAAAUCACUGAUCCAUCUUGGAGCACUAUUUCAGCUCAAGGAUGCCUAAGGUUGUCCUUGCCCAUUCUGUUUAUACGGAAAUAGAGUUUGUAUUCUUUUUGUACUCACUAAAGCCAGAUGAUUACCCCUGUGUGAAGGGGCUAAUGGCCUUAUGACCAUUAUAUUUGCCAAAUUGUAUUUUUAAUGCAGUCUGUUGUAGACCCAUAUUUUGUAAUAAAAUUUUCGGUUGGUGUUACUCGA